AUGGUUCGCAACAUUGUCAUCCUCGGCGGGAACUCCCACCCGGAGCUGAUUGACAACAUCUGCAACAUACUCGGCGUCACCUCGUGCGAGCGCAUUCUCACAAAAUUCUCGGCUGGUGAGAGCAGAUGCGAAAUCAAGGAUUCCGUCCGAGGAAAGGAUGUGUACAUUGUCCAGUCCGCCUCCGGCUCCGUCAACGACGGCUUCAUUGACCUCUGCAUCAUGAUCUCCGCCUGCAAGACCGGUUCCGCGAAGCGGGUCACCGCCAUCACGCCGUUGUUCCCUUACUCGCGUCAGCCCGACGUACCUUACAACAAGAUCGCGUCCCUGCUACGCCUGGUCCCGGGCAUCUCGAGGACCCAGACGCUGAGCAGUGGCAUCGAGGGCCUCGACUCCAAGCUUGCUAGGACCAAGCUGGCCGAAAACAACCUCAAUGGCUACUCAAGAAACGGCGAUCCCAAGACCCCGGGCCGUCACCAACAAGAAGGCUCCCUGUCGUCGCAACCCAGCUUCACCACCCACGACCAGGGAAACAAUCAGAGCGCUCUGGCCAACUUCAAGGUCAAGCCUGGCUACAAGCAAUGGGUCGCCCAGGCCGGCACCCUUGUCGCCGAUUUGCUGACUUGUGCCGGCGCCGACCAUGUGCAACUCAAUUCGGGACUCGUUUCCGGACGGAUGGCUGACUACUGUAGGAUGGACCUCCACGAUCCCCAGUACCAGGGCUUCUUCGACGUGCCGGUGGACAACCUCUAUGGAAAGCCUCUCCUGAAGAAGUAUAUCCAGCAGAACAUUCCCAACUACAGGGAAGCCGUCAUUAUUAGUCCGGAUGCUGGAGGCGCCAAGCGCGCUACUGCCGUCGCCGACGAGCUGGACAUGGGCUUUGCUCUCAUCCACAAGGAACGCCGUCCAACAAAGUAUAGCGAACAACGCAACGCCAGCAUGAUGCUGGUCGGUGACGUCAAGGACAGGACGUGCAUCUUGAUCGAUGACCUUGUCGACACUGGUAACACGAUCACCCGUGCCGCGAAGCUCCUGAGAAGGAAGGCGCCACCUCCAUCACAGCCCUCCUCACCCACGGCAUCUUUCAGCGGCGACGCAAUUGCCCGCAUCAAAUGCCUCUGCCAUUGA